AUGAAUAAUGAUAGUUACAUCAGUAAUUACACUUGUUUUUAUGCCAAAAGAUAUCAUGCAUGUGAAGAUAUGUAUGAUGGGCUUGAAGACUCCUGUGUAAAUUCUAAGAAUGCCCUGAAACAUAUGUUCGAGCUGAAAAUAACUAUUGCAACUGGCACUGUUAAUAGAUCUGGACGAACUAAUAAACUACAGAAAAGGAGCCACGUGAGGAGAAUUGGUAAUUAUAACGCAUAUUUAUUUGUUGCUAAAUUAUUCGGUAUUUGUCAUUCGGAAGAAGAAAAAGUGUUAUACGAAUAUUUUUCAGAUUUCGAUGUUGUGAAAAAUUAUAUUAACUCUGGAAAUAAUAAAGAAAACAGAGUUCUUGAUUGCAUGAAUAGUAUGAAAAAAGUCUUCAGGGAGGAAAACAACGAAGAUUAUUGUUGUGAUAGAAAAUAUGCGUCUUGA